AAGCGGAGCCGGAGAUCACUCCUUCUCCGGUUUUCUUCUUGACCUUCCGUACAGAAAUCGGCGAUCGCAGCAGCGAGUUAUUCGGAGAAGAAAUCAAGGGGAAAGCUGGAGAGAAAGAAAUCCGGAAGCGACGCCGAGAGUCCGACACCGAUACGCCUUUCUUGGCUCCAAGAAAAGAAAGCAAGAAAUUCUGAUACUUGCCAGGCAAUCAAUCUAUCUCCUCCGUCGAUCCUUCUCCCAAAACCUCGUCCUUUAAUUCCUUUCUUUUCCUGAUUCUUCUUUCCUAAAUUUCCGCCUAUUUCUCACUGAGUUUGAGUCGGACUUCUCUUCUUGGGAUUCUUUGAAAACCCGAUUUUUCCAGGGUUUUUAGCCGCUCAAGUCGGUGGGCAGCGCUAUCUUGCUAUGACAAACAGAUAAUCACUUCGUGGCAUGGGCUGGUUACUUUUACUUGUUCUGAGCUUUCUUACAUGAUGUUCAGUGCUCGAAAGGGUGGAAAAACUUCCAGCAGAUUUAAAUGGCAAUGGCGAAGUGAAUCACCUCUAACUGCUCCGAUGGUUGAUGAUGUGCCUCCUGAGAUAGAGUUGUCUGCAUACCGAAGGUUGCCAAGUUCUGGUAGUGAGAGCCCAUCAGGGCUUCUUAAUGAUGAAGGACCGAAAGCAGAACCAAUUGCUGAUUUAGACCUGUUUUUUGAGAGAAUGUAUAACUAUUAUUGUGAGAAGGGGCUUACAUGCAUUAUAACCAAGUGGAUAUUUGAAAUUCUGUCAGUGAUCUUUGUGGAAUGUUUUAUUUGGUUUUUCUUAUUGGUUGUUGAUUGGAAUGCCCUGUGGAAUGCGAAGUGUGGGAUCGAUGCAUUUGAAUCAGGAAGUAAGCCUUGUGAUCUGGCAAAGAAGGCAAUUAAACCUCAUCCAUUGGUUCCUUUCACGCUUACAAAAGUGAUAAUUGUUGGGUCCAUGGUUAUAGUGACAAUCUAUGGACUGUUCAACUUUCUAAAGUUCAUUGUGCAGUUCAAAAACACUCUGAAAAUUCGUCAUUUCUAUUAUAAUAGUCUCAAUGUUACAGAUCGUGAAAUUCAAACAACACCAUGGCCAGUCAUUUUAGAAAAAGCUGUUCAACUACAACACUCACAACAACUCUGUGUGGUCAAAGAUCUUUCUGCACAUGAUGUGGUGAUGCGAAUAAUGCGCAAGGAGAACUACUUGAUCGGGAUGCUUAAUAAAGGUGUUCUUGCCUUUCCAAUGUCUAGGUGGAUCCCUGGUGCUGGUCCAGCUGUCAAAUCCAGGAAAAAUGGAAGGAAAAAUCAUUUGAUACUGACAAAGACUCUUGAAUGGACGCUAAAUUGGUGCAUACUUCAGAGCAUGUUUGACAAUAAAUUCUGUGUUCAGAGAGAUUUUGUCACAAACCCUUCAUUAUUAAAAAAGAGGCUAAUGAUAAUCGGGAUUGGGAUGCUUCUCAUUUCGCCUUGUCUGGUUAUUUUUAUGUUGGUGUAUCUAUUUCUGAGGCAUGCUGAACAAUUUUAUCAUCAUCCAAGUAUAGUAUAUUCUCGAAGGUGGUCUAACUUAUCAGAGUGGAUCUUCAGAGAAUUUAAUGAGGUUGAUCACUUAUUCAAACAUCGAAUCAACAAUAGUGUGGAACAUACUUCAAAUUAUCUCAAGCAGUUUCCAUCACCUCGCAUCAAUAUAAUUGCCAAAUUCAUAUCUUUUGUGUCUGGUGGCUUUGUUGCUAUUUUGAUCAUCAUUGGGUUUAUAGAUGAAUCUCUGCUAGAGGGUCAUAUUCUUGGUCGCAACUUGUUGUGGUAUGCUGCUGUUUUUGGUGCCAUGACUGCUAUAAGUCGGGCAGCCAUGGCUGAUGAGCUACAAGUUCUUGAUCCAGAAGGAGCAAUGUCUCUUGUUGUCCAGCAUACCCACUAUAUGCCAAAGAGAUGGCGUGGUAAAGAACAUAGUGCUUUGGUUCGAGCAGAGUAUACUGGAAUGAUGCUGCUGGAAGAAAUGGUCUCAAUCUUUCUCACACCAAUUUUGCUAAUAUUUGUCAUACCAAAGUGCGCUGAUGACAUUUUACAUUUCAUAUCAGACUUCACCGUGUAUAUUGAUGGUGUUGGCCAUGUUUGCAGUUUGAGUGUCUUUGACUUUGAAAGCCAUGGCAAUAGGAAGUAUGGUUCGCCAUGUGAUGCAGCAAAAGACAGGAGGAGUACCCAAGGGAAAAUGGAGAAAUCUUUCUUAAGCUUCCAAAGUGCAUAUCCAACCUGGGAACCAAGUGCCCAUGGCCAAAAGUUUCUAUCCACUCUUCGCAAUUUCAGGCAGAGUCAGGCGCAUCAGGAAACUGAUCAGAAUUAUUUACUAACCCGAACAUGGCAAUUUGCCCCACAUUUGAGAGGCCAAGGUGAUGCCAUGCACAGAUUCACCUUGCAGAAAGGUCUCUGUCACAACGGGGAUGUACCUAAAACUGGCCAUCAUCUGGGUCCCUUUUUGUUAUCAAAUCCUGAUCAAAGGACUUAUCUGUUGGAUUGUUAUUACGUGUCCAAACCUGUAGACAUGGGGGAAGAUUUGAAAGACUCUCCUCCAUCACCAAACAAAAUAGCCUUUGACGCUGACCAAGGUUCAUUUUCAGCGCACAAUGAAUUGCGAACUGAAAUCAAUGACAAAGAUGAGAGCUGGGGUCCUCUCUCAGAGAGACAGCAGAGUUACCUUGAUGCCUCCAUAUCCAGUCCUUUAUUCAGGAACAAUGUCCAUCAGCACCAAGAUCCAGAGCAUCACACUGUGACUCCUUGGUGGGCCCGUGCAAUACCUCAGUCAUCUGGGCUUCAGACCAGUUUUCUUGAACCUCCCAGCUUCGGUCACCACAAUUAUGGUCAUCACAGUGAUGAUAUCAAUGAUGGAACUUCAGAGCAACAAGACAGCACUAAUGGCAGCACAAACUGGAGUAACCUUCACAAUCUAUCCAAGACAACCUGCAUGGAUGAAUCAGACAGUGCGGAACCACUCAACCUCCCAUUUGUUGAUGAUUAUGCUGGGCCACCAAAAAACCUUACCAUUAGAAUAAUACCCAGAAGUAACGAUCCAGUACAGUGAAAAAUCCAUCAUCACCUAGCAGUUACCAACCCCUUUAAAGGCCAUGUUUGAUGUCAUAAUACAUGAUGACAAAGAUGUGAUUGAUUUGGGGGAAAGAUGGGGCAAUAUUCUUUUGUACAUUUUAUAGAUUUAUCUACUGCCAGCCCUAAUUCCUCUGGAUAUUCUUUCUGCUAAUGUCGGGGAUAUUCUCUAGUUUUUCUCAGAGAUGAUUCCAUCAUAUUGAUGUUCUUUAAAUCAUUUGUCAAGUUUCAUGCCAGGAAGAAAAACGCAUUUCUGAA